CUUCAGCUGUACUGUACUCUAGCCAUCUUUACUGAUUAACCCACCAACACCCCAGGACUCCAUCGUAAAAUCAACGCAAGCACAGCCGGCCCCUUCUCGCCGCCCUCUUGAACCCUCCCCUCCGUGGUCCCUACCAUCGUUUCCCCCCUACCCGCUUUCCUGCUGAGCCGGCGAGUGCCCAGAGACCAAGUGAAUCUGCAAGUGAAUUGCACAUUUGUGAGUUGCACACGCGCCAAAGAAGAGAAGAUUGCAAUGAUGUCGACACGCCACAGGCUGGGAGCAUUACAGCAUAAGACAAAUGCAGCAAUGUCUCUGAUGAUCCCAUGCGGGACAGGUCAAUAGGUCAUCCACCUGGAGUUUUUGAAUCUGCCGCCGCAAACUGUUUGCUGUCUGCUUACGGGUCUGGGCAUCAGCUGCACCCUACGGGACCUCGCCAACCUGCCUGAACCCUGUCCCAUCACACAUCCACCUGGAGUUUUUGAAUCUUGACAGCCGCUCCUUGACAGCCAUACUGAAUUAUAGCAGAGCUAUAACAAUUCGUGCUACUCUCACUAGUCGACCAUGUUUAAUUGAACAGUCGAUCCCUCCGGAAAGCGAGCACCUGUGGAAACCCUUCCAUAAUUUUCCAAGUGACGUCGCGACGCCUAUGCCUUCGGCCUUCGCAUAGUACCUCUACUCCAUAAGGUCGUAGGCUGUUACUGUCUAUUAAUGAGCCACUUUAACGCUGCCGGCGACCUCACAGACCUGCUCACAGACGAGCGCGACAUCCCACCGCCUUAAAGGUUUAUUUUGUGAUGCUAUUUAAGGUGAAGCACAUCACGAUGCAGGGCGCCAGCGCUGUGCUCGACCAGAAUAUCCAGCAGCUUAAGCCGGGGCAGCAGCAGAUCGUGCAGCAGCUGCAGCAGGGACAGCAGCAGCUGAAGCAGGGACUGCAGCAGCUGCAGCAGGGACAGCAGCAGCUGCAGAAGGGGCAGCAGCAGAUGCAGCAGCAGAUGCAGGAGAUGCUGCAGGGACAACAGCAGAUGCAGCAGCAGUUGCAGCAGCUGCUACAGCAGGGACAGCAGCAGGGGCAGAAGCAGCAGGGGCCCCAGACGCGCCGGCAGACUGCAAAGGCACGCGAAAUGGCUGCGCGCGCUGUGAAUUCUACCCAGCCGAUUGCCGUGCGCCUGCUGCCGUAAGUGUCAAUCACCGCGGGCGCCCUGUGCAAGGUAGGUCGGUGAUACCUCGCUGGCUGGCUGGCUGGGUGGUGAUCGAUUGGCACAUCGGGGUGAAAGUGGCACAAGUAGGGAAGAAAGCUCUGCUGUUGAGGAGAGUGGCGGCGACUGAGCUACCGAGCGAGGUGACUGGCACGGCGUGGAUUGGGUGCAGCUGGCUACCGGACAUUGGCACACUACCUUACCGGACAUUGCUUCAAAGCUACCGGACAUUGCUUGAAACCUACCGGACAAUGCUUGAAACCUACCGGACAAUCGUGCACCACCCUACCGGACAUUGGUGCGCGACCUUACCGGACAAUGUCUGAAAGCGCCGGACUCUACUUUACCGGACGAAUUGUCCCCUUAUUAAAUCGCAUUGUCCGGUAACCGAUUAGCCUGAAUGUUCGGUAACAGAUGACCGUAUUGUCCGGCGGUACGAUUGGAUGGGGGUAGAGUGUGGGCUCCUCCUGCUCCUCUUAUUACUUGCUGCAUAACGAUGAGCACACCGUCUGCAUGCAUGCAUGCGUGCGUGUGUGUGUGUGUGUGUGUGUGUGUGUGUGUGUGUGUGUGUGUGCGUGUGCGUGUGUGUAAUGUUAUUACCACCAAGGGGAGUCGGGCCACCCGCCGCACGCACGCACGGUGGUUCAUUGGUUGUAAGCAUUCUAGCAUCACAUCCCUGCUGCGCGCUGCUUGCCCGAUUCCCAGAUAGAUGCCUGCAUGCAUGUGACCCGCCGUAACCCGCAGGUACACACGCACACACAGUGCCGCGGUGCUGCCCCCGCUGCUAGCUGCGUGCGUGCGGGUGCUGGUGCUGGCCACGCUGCUGCUUGGCUGUAUUGGAUGACUCUCGUACAUGGGCGACAUUCACUUGCUGCUAGAUAGCAGCGCUUGCGAUAGCUGGCUGCGGCGCCGUCGCCCGUCAUCGUCAUCUAUUGAUUUCUGUCCGCUAGCGUCAGCAGUAGAGCGUGCGGUAGAUGAGUGGGUCGCCAUGCAUCGGCUGGCAGCCGAGGUAGGGUCGAAAUCAACCCGGGUUCACUUCAGUUUGGGGCACCGUCCCAAAACUGCACAACCUUUGGACCUGUGUUUAGUCGUGGUAGUACAGUCCGACGUGGAAACCAACCUUACCUACCCCCCACAAUUCGCCUGUCGUGUCAGAUUCACCGUCCGACAGUACUACCACUGCCGUACGGCCCUUCCCGUGCGGGGGGUCAUAGGGGUGGGCAGGGGGGUCCCCAUGGCCAAACUGGUGUCCCCUGAGUCCCCCACGCUGUCAGCCCCUCCGUGCAUGUAGUAAUGACUUGCUGGUCAAGUGGGAGGGCGGUCCGCGCUCGCCUGAGGUCGAAAUGGGCGGGUUUUGGCCCGCCAGCCAUGCGCCCGAUGGGCGCGUGUCUGUCCGAUUGGGCCAAAGUGUGCUGGAGAGAGCAGUAACUCACUCAGUAUGUUAUUUAGAUACCCAAUGUUGCAUUGGAAUGUAUCCCGGGGCAAAAUGUGAGGCUCUGCCGACCGGCAAUUUCGCGACCGAGGUCCCUCGAGGAGCCAUUUUUCAAACCGUGAUUGAUGCCGUGUCUACUUUCAGCUAUAAGAAUGGGAAUUCAAGGCUUUGCGAGGGCUAAGAACAGCUCUUCGUGCACAAUGUCGGGGCAUGUCGCUGCAUUUCGCGAGCUCGGCGAGCGGGGAGGCCGCGCCAGGGCUUAAAACAACAAGUCAUAACAUACAUAUGUCAUGUAGAAGCCUUAGGCAAGGUUUGGUCUUUGGACGGUGCGGCGUGUAUGGGCACGCCCCGAGUGAACCCGGGUUGGUCGAAAUGCAGCUUGAUUGCGCCUGCCGCCCGCCGCUGAAACAAGCGGGGGGUAUGCAUGUCGCCUUGCAUGUGCGUGGCGGCGAUGGGGUUUUGCUAGCGAGCUAGCUAGGCGCAACAAGUGCAGCGGCGAUAGAUGGACGGAGGUGGGGCUCGGUUGGUGGCUCCUCAUCAGCCUGCACGUGCCCGUGCAAUGCACAUACACGCACGAGAUAGAAGCGAUAGAUGGCGUUGAGGUUAGUUGCAGCAAAGCAACACCUGUAUGUGUGACUAUUUGUAUUCGGGCAGCAGUCGGAAGUCGGCGGCGGGCAGGCUCAUGCGGGCAACCUGGCCUUGCUUGAGAAGUUCCGGGCGGCGUCAGAAAUGGCAGUAAUGCUGUCGCUCAUGGAUGGAUGGAUGAGUGGGCCGGCACGCACCAUGCGCCUUCCGUUUCAAUGGAUGGCACACCA